CCCGGAUGACAGAACAGAUUGAAACAAGCACAGAGGCUGGGGCUGUUAAGUGGAGGAGGCCGUCUCAGCUGGACAAUGGUUGCUGAGUGAAGUGCAAUGUGGGAAAGGUAAUUAGAGAUCUGGCACUGGUACAUCACGACAGCAGCAGGGUUACCAUGGAGACUGGCAAGCCGGGAUUGGGGAGUGCUCCAGUUCACAUCAGCUCCGUUGCAGCGCAGACAGAGAAAAGGAUGGACAUCCAGGCCCCGCUGACGGCUCUUUACAUCAACACGGUGCCUGCACUACCAGCGCAACCUUACCCCCUCCAGCCUCCUGCUGGCACCCUGGAGCCAGCCACACUCCAUCUGGCCAUGCCGCCGCUUUACUCCAAGGAGACGCUCCCCUUCCUGACACUCCAUAUUGCUGGUGGAUUGCAGUCUCAGCCGGGAUUGAGUCUGGCAGCUGCCGCUCAUGUAGCUAGACCCAAGUCGGCAGGGAAGCACGUGUGUCCUCACUGUGGACGGGACUGCAUGAAGCCCAGCGUGCUUGAGAAGCAUCUCCGCUGCCACACCGGGGAGCGGCCUUACCCCUGCACCACUUGUGGAGUUUCCUUCAAGACUCAGAGCAACCUCUACAAACAUAAGCGUACACAGGCUCAUGCCCGCCUCUCGUCUGAAUCAGAGCAGAGCAGCCUGGAUAGCAUGUCUGGCUCUAGAGACACCUGUACCUCCAGUUUGUCUCUGGAUGAGCGCAGCGUGGAUUCGGGAAGCAUGGACAAGGAAGCCACACCACCUGCUGAUGAGAUAACCUGUCCUGCCAGUAAUGCAAAUGUCUUCUCUGUAAAGACCCAAGGUUCUGUGAGUGAGCAGAAUGCUUUGACCCCUGCAGGUCAGAAGACGGAAGCAAAUGAGGUAGCAGAAAAACAGAGGAUGGGAAACGAAAAACCUCCGGCAACUGCCAGUCGACAUCUUCCCCUUCAGAGGCAAGAAGCCACUCUGUUCUCCAAGCAGUGGGAGAGCUCAGUAUCCCGAGGAAAAUCGCAGAGCCAUGAGAGCACAGACUCUGGCUUCAGUGAGAGCGGUGACCACUACCCAAGCCCCGGCAGCGUUUUACCCGACUACAGUAUGGAUUCCCUCACCGAAUCCACCAAGGAGCAUCUUGAAAAAACCGCCAGCACACAAACACCUUCUGGACCUGCAAGGGAUCAAGAGCAGAAGACGCUGGAGGAGCGCAUAUCUAAACUGAUAUCAGAGAAUACAGCUGUUGUUGAGGACAAACAGCUAGAGAAUGUAAGGCCGCGGAAGACAGUUUUGUCAAAGCAGGGUAGCAUUGACCUCCCCAUGCCGUACACCUACAAGGACUCCUUUCAUUUUGAUAUGAGGAUAAGUAAGGCUCCGAAAGUUGGGUUACAAAGAAGCAGGAACCCCGACCUCUACAGCUCUGUACCAACUCAGCGAUCCAACACCGUGGAACAUGCCCCCCUAACCCGCAGCAGCUCCCUCCCUUUCAGCGUUACCCUCCUGCAGCCUGAGAGGAGCAGCCCAACCUCUUCCUUUCAGAGCGAUUAUGUAACUCUUGUCCGGAGGGGAAGCUCUGGCCAGAUCAAUCCAACAGGUUUUGCAAUGAAGCCUGUGAACCAGCAUUCAUCCGCCCACCGCCCAUUGGUCCGGCAGACAGCCGUAGACGGCAACCACGCAACAGACGGUCUCUUCACGAAUCCAUCUGUGGAGGAGGCGUGCUCCGGCAGCCUCAGCUGCGAUGGGGAUGGCGGUGACAUUUGUGGAGAGCCAAGCAACAGAAAGUUCCGGAGGAAGAAGACACAAAAGUUUGCCUACAACAAGUGGUACAUGUACGGGGGAGGGACGUUUAAGAAGCUCUACACCGAUAAAGGCUGCGAUGAUGGUGUGCGCAAAGGCAGGAAAUGUUCGGCAAACCCAGAGCACGAGGUUGUUCAGGGCCUGCUGAAAAGGUCGUCAACAGUUCCGAAGGAGAGGGCAACAACAAUGAACUUCACAAGCAGCAGUGUAACAGCGUGCCAACCAGACUGCCCUCCUACCAAACUAUCCAUCGUCUCUGCUGUGGAUGUGAAUGUCAAAGCUGGCCAGCCUCAUACAUCAUGCAACUCUCUCAAGACUCCAUUUCGGAGAAACCUGUCUUUGUCAGUACUGCCAUUAUCUUCUGCUGGAUCAUUGGUUAGCCACCAAGCAGACAGCGUGAGUAGAGCCGAGGCAGGGAAAACAGUUGAUGAAGAAAAAAGAACUGACUCCACCUUGCAGCUGUGUGGAGCCCAUGUUCCCUCAGACAGAAAAAAACAGAAAACCGAUGACAAAAAAAAUUGUCUUCUGGAGAUGGAAACCAACCCAAACACAGAAACCCAUCCCCGUCCCUCUGUCAUUGGCAGUGCACCUCAGCAGGAUAUAAAUCUCAGUCAUAUCAACCUCCAGAAAAAUCAGAAACAUACUGAACUCACAGCAGCUCUCUUCCCAAAGUGCAAAAUCAAUGUAAAUACACCAUCCGUCAGCUGCACGCCUGUCACUUCAACACCCUCCCCUGCCAAGGCCAGCUUCCUGCCCAAGUACCAGCUCAAGUUACCUAAUGCCUCUGAACCUGAUUCAAAUCCUUCACAGGGUGUUGUGGAUAAACCACCUGGAACUGGUGGCCGCACUAUCACCUCUGCUCUGUCAUCUCCUUGCACCGAGAUAACCUCGCUCUCGGUCAAAACUUCCGAAAAGAAAUUUGACGUUCCUGUCACCUCCCCCUUGACUUGUGAAACUAAAAAGACAAAUGCUCUCAGUUCUGUACGAGACCAGCUCCCUGCGCCUUGCACAGCAAUGACCCUUUGUCAGGUUGAAACGCAGAGACUGAAUCCAAAUACAACAUCUUGUUGUGCUGUAGUGCACAGGCCAUUUUCAACAACCACAAUAACCACAACCUGCCUGCAAAAUGAUCGAGCAGGAUUAUGCAGCACUUCAAUACAGCCCUCCCAAUCUGCAGCAGGUUUAGCUCCUUUGCAGUUAAUCCGACCUGUUGGGCCUAUGUUUCCUCACUUCCCUGCUACACCUACUGUAGCCACAGCAAACAAUCAGUCAUCUGCUGCUUUCAGUACGGCUUUGGCACAAGGUCAACCUAUCCCCAACCCCCCUCUGUCACGCACACAACUCUCGCCAGCAUCAGACCCUUUAAAAGGUGCAUAUACCACCCCAGUCCUACCUCGUCACAUUGUACCAUUUGACCAGAUGCAGCCAGAUGCCCAGAAUGUGUUUCACGUUCACACGGCAGACCUCCAGAUCUGCUUUCAGAUCAUAUCUGAUGAGCAGCUGGCUCUCAUUGAACCCCAGAUCGAGAGGCAAGCAGGUAGCGCCGUUUCACAGAGGCGGGAAGUGGAGGCAAUCAAAAACGCAGCUCAAAGCUUUAUCACCAUGGAAAAUAGCAAUGAUGGAAGGGGCCAUCAACAGCCAGGACAUCAACAGGAGUUGGACCAAAGUGAGUCUUCACCCACACUUGACAAAGAGAGAAUAAAACCUUUGCUGACUGCACAAUUUGAGACGGCAGAGCCAAAUCUCCACCUGACCAAACCCAGUGAUUCCACUCAGGAUACAGCAUCAGCUGAAUCUACAGGCCCUGUAGCUCUAGCCUUGCCGCUACGCCCACAUAAACAGGGUCAUGUAAACAAGGUCACUGUGACUCAGAGCUGUACGGGCAAUGUUAUGACAACUGCUGCUUCGCUCAAAGGUGUAGAGUCAGGGAGGAGCCAAACUUCUGAGCAGGAGCAAACCCUUUCUCUGCACCGUUGUGCUGAGGAGCAACUUUUGCCGAACAGGAGGGUCAGCCAAGGCGGACUGCUCUCUAAAACACAUUCUGGCCAACACAAGCUCAACCUGACUCCUCUCUCUCCCAGCAAAGUAAAUCAGAAUAAUAGUGAAAGACUGGGCAAAGAAAGCAAACUUCAAUAUCAAGCAGCUCCAGGUAGUGUAGGCACAAUAAGAGCCACGGGCGAAGUCUCUGUGUGCAAAAGCAGCAGGUCAGAAAGAGGGGAAACCCACCCCCCCCUUCAGUCUGGGCUUGGUCAGGCUGUCGGUGCUGCAUGUGCUGAUGAACGUUCUUGGUCAGUGUCGCCAUUAUCCAUCAAUAAAUGCAAAGCUUCCAAACAGUUGAACCAACAAGUGUCCAUAUGCUGCAACAAUCCGAUGGAAACUACAUUAUCAGAGGCUCCGGAUUCAUCUAAGUGUGCGAACAUGGGAUGUGACAGGGUUGGACCUCCGGACAAUUCUGCCCCUUCACAGGAAGUGAUUAAGAAUGUUAUCAGCUCCACCCAUUCAGAAAAGCAACUCGCUCAGUUUAUGUCAGUUUCUUCUAACAUCCAGUUGGAAAGACCCAAAGACACACCAGCUGAGCUUAUAAGUAUUCAGAGCCCUACUGCAGAGGGAUGUGCAGCCCAGAAGGGGCCACAGACACUGGGACGUGGAGAGAACCCCCGGCAACCGGACCGGAGGCCAAAGCAGAGCAAAGAGGCCGAUAGGACAGACCCACGUGUGGUGGGGGAGGAUGACAAGGAGGCAGACUGGGUGCCGGGAAGGCGGGACAAGGCCGAGUCCAUCUGCACAUACACGUGUUUACCAGAUAUGUCAGAGGGAGGAGACAGAGCGGUCAAGGUGGAUACCUUUAAACACUGUUGGCUAUCUGAACAGCAUCUUCAGCAAGUUUCCCAGACACACUCAGGAAUGUCUGACUACCCAACACAGCAUCCUCAGCAAGCCCUGAGUGACUUUAAUUCAUCCGCCGGCGGCGCUCAGACUGGCCUUUUCGAUUCUCCACAGCCCCCGUUGGAUAGGAACAACUUGUGUUUCUCGCAACAACACUGGGAAAGCGGCAGCAUCCAUAACCAACCUGUUUCAUGUGAACCUAGUCAACAUAACAAAGCACGGGCAAAAUUAGCAGAGACAAAAAACGCUUUCUCGCGAGGUCAGUCCAGCCCUCAGCCGACGCAAGCAUUUCCACACCAGGACCAAAAGCAGAGCAGCAUCACUCCUGUUCUGCAAGGACAUACAGAUGCUAAGUCGACAAUAGUCAGUCACAAGAGCCCAAGCAUAUCGGCUGAUUCUUUUUCUGUUCAAGUCAGUAGAGCUGCUGCUGCAUUGACAGAGGAAACCCUUGUGUCAAACAACAAUGUGCUGGAUAAUAACGUCGCACCGCCACCAGAGCCUUUUACGUUCCCAGAGCCUCACGAUUAUCACGACACCAAGGACGGGGCACCAAAUGACUACAACAAGUACCAGUCGUUUUUCCUGUCCAGCCAGCUACAUAGCUACCAGCCGGCUGAGUGUCUGACAGGUGGAGUAAGGCCUGUGCAAAGCUGCCAGGACUACACAGAGGACACCAGCAGCAGCGACGAUGAAGGGAAGCUCAUCAUCGAGCUUUAGCUGUUAAAAACUCACGAUGCUAUUUGGAGUUUUAUCUGCUGCUGAUUUAUUACAUCAAUGAUCAAGUAAAGCUAAGAACAACAUGUGUACGCUCAAAAUAAGUCAAAAUAUGAAUAAAAAAAAACCUGUCAUUGACUAUUUUAUCUUUCAUUUUAAGCAAUAUAUUUAAAAGUCAAUGUCCAACUUUGCAGGAAUAGUUUAGAUUGAGUGCAAGCUAUUGCUGCGUUCAUGUCCUAUCUUACCACCAAGUGUAAUUACAAGCUGAGUAGAAAAUACUGCUUACCUAUGACUACUAGUAGGAAUUCCAAGUCUGACUCUUAGGAAUUUCAGUUACAAUAUCUCCAACAUGGAAACAAGAGCAGCAACAAUUACUGAACCAGUCACAAAAGCUCCCCAGUGGUUCUCCUAAUGUAUUAAAUCCAUAAAUUCUCAUUUUGGUUGAAGUGUGCAUGGGUCAAAAUGCUAACUUCUCACAUGACUGACACAGGUGUCUGUAUGAUGGGGAGCUAAGCAAUGUACUGCUGUGGACGCAGCAUUAGGUCAGGUCUGAAGGU